CUGGAGUCCGAACAACAGAUCGCCGUCCAGAUGCAGUUUCGACUCUUCUCAUUUGCCCUGAUCGUAUUGAACUGUAUGGAGUACAGCAACUGUCAGGCGCCGUCGCACCGCUGGAGGAGAAACAAAAGAGCUAGCUAUGGAGCGUACCCCAUCUGUAAAGGCUGCUCGGUGUGCUCCAGGGACAACGGCUGUGUAAACUGCCCACCCAAACUCUUCCUGUUUCUGCGGAGAGAGAGGAUGAGGCAGUACGGGGAGUGCCUUCACGACUGUCCAGCCGGAUACUACGGCAUGCGCAGCCCCGAACUCAACAUGUGCUCCAGGUGCAGGAUAGAGAACUGCGAGUCCUGCUUCAGUAAAGACUUCUGCACCAAGUGCAAGUCAGGUUUUUACCUACACAAAGGGCGCUGCUAUGAUAAGUGCCCCGAGGGCUUUGCCCCGCUGGAAGAAACCAUGGAGUGUGGAGAGGGCUGCGAGGUGGGCCAGUGGAGCGAAUGGGGAGCCUGCACCAGGAGAAACAAAACCUGUGGCUAUAAGUGGGGUCUGGAGACCCGGACGCGGCACAUUGUAAAGAAACCACCCAAGGACACAAUACCUUGUCCCACCAUCGCUGAGUCCAGGAUGUGCAAAAUGGCCAUGAGGCACUGCAGGAGAGGUGGCUCAGGGAAGCACCGACCCAAAGAACCAAAGAAGAAGAACAAGCAGAGGCUGCGGUUUCGGGCCCAGAAUCAGCACAGCGACCACUUGGCAUCUGCGCGCUCCAGCCAGUGA